AUGCAGCAACAUCCUCCACAUCCGCAGUCUGCUGCUGCUCUCUACGGGCAGCAGCAAGCCCCAGGCCAGUAUCAACCGCACCAGCAGCAGCUGCAGCAGCCGCUGCAGCAUCAGCCUAUGCCACCUCAGCAGCAGCAGCCGCAGCAGCAGCAGCAGCCACAGCAGCAGCAGCAGCAGCCACAGCAGCAGCAGCCUGCAUCAGUUGUUCCAGCCCCUCCCGCGGGCUUCCCUGCAGCAGCAACCCCUAAAUUUCUCACGAAUUUAAGCGCAGCAGCAUUUAAUCUGCAUGCUCAGACAAUACAAGGGCCCCCCCCUACACCGCAGCAGCUGCAGCAACUUAUUUAUCCUUCAGAGCCAGUGAUGCUCUGUGUCGUUGGAUCGUUUACAAGAAAUAAAACAGUGCUGCAAGUCACCGAUGGGCAGCUCUUCUGUCGAAUUGCUUCUGCGCAGCCUCCUCCGCUGCCUCCGGAGCAGCAGCAGCAGCAGCAGCAGCAGCAGCAGCAGGGAGGGGAGACCCCACAAGCCAUUGAAGCGCGCAUGUCUUUAGCAGCAAAUAAACUCAGAGGCCGAUUGCUGCUCUUCGAAAGGCUUAACCUCGCUCUUACGCCCAACAGCAGUUCUAGCAGCAGUUCUAGUAGCAGUUCUAGCAGCAGCUUUAGCAGCAGCACUACCAGCAUCAGCAACAGCAGCUCUAACAGCAUCAGCAACAGCGGCAGCAGCUCUAGCAGCAGCAGCUUCAGCAGCAGCAGCUCUAGCCGCAGCUCUAGCAGCAGCUCUAGCAGCAGCAGUAGCAGCAGCAGCUCUAGCAGCAGCAGCUCUAGCAGCAGCAGCUCUAGCAGCAGCAACAGCUCUAGCAGCAGCAGCAUCUCUAGCAGCAGCAGCAUCUCUAGCAGCAGCAACUCUAGCAGCAGCAUCUCUAGCAGCAGCAACUCUAGCAGCAGCAGCAGCAGCAGCAGCAGCAGCAGCAAGUAG